UCGAUGGCAGAGGUACGCAGUGAGGUGGAGACUAGUUCUCUAGGUCUAGGAGCCCCACAGCCGGCAGAUUACCCCCAGCUACCACACCCUGCUGCAGACCCGACGCUGCCUGUAGCAGAGCCCCAGCUACCUGGUGAAGAGCCCCUGAAGGUACCCGAGGACCCCCAGCCAGAGACACAGGCUGAGCCUGACACCUGUCCACUGCCACCCAGGAGGAUGUGGGAGGACAGCUUCGACACAGAGAAUUACUCAGCGGUGUCGUGGAGGCAGUAUUUUGACCAGUCGGAGGACAUCCCAGUCGGACCAUCAGAAACAAGAGAUGUGUUCAGGGUCUACAGAAACGGUACUGACGGACCUCUGCUGGUUCUGCUGCACGGAGGAGGACACUCUGCCUUGUCCUGGGCUGUUUUUACUACAGCCAUAGCCAGUAGGGUGACCUGCAGGGUGCUGGCCAUGGACCUCAGGGGUCACGGUUCCACCCAGGUACGUCAGUCAGACGACCUCUCCACACAGACCAUGUCUAGGGAUGUGGCCAAUGUGGUGCGAGCGUGCUACGGAGAGGCCCCUCCCCCCAUCGUCCUGGUUGGUCACAGUAUGGGCGGGGCCAUCGCUGUCCACACCGCCUCCAGCAUGCUCCUCCCCACUACUGUAGGACUGGUGGUGAUCGACGUGGUGGAAGGCAGUGCCAUGGAGAUGCUACACAGCAUGCAGAACUUCCUGAAAGGACGACCCAAGUCUUUUGAGUCUAUUGCCCAUGCCAUAGAGUGGAGUGUUAAGAGCGGUCAGAUCAGGAACCGGGAAUCAGCACGAGUAUCCAUGGUGGGACAGAUCAAGAGGCACGUAGAGGUGGAGGAUGUUGUUGAAUCACCUGAGCAGGCCAUCCCUGUUAGUGACGUAGUCGUCGAGAGCAACGAGGAGAUCUACGUUGACCCGAGCUACGUUAGCGACAAGCCAGACGGUACGCCAGAGGUGUAGAUCGUCUGGACAGGGACCUGACUAUAGGCCAAAUGCAAGGCAAAUUCAUUGAUGCAGGUGCUGCCCCCUAGUGGCCACGCAGUGCACGAGGACACACCAGACAAAGUUGCAGAUGCUCUGGCCAGCUUUCUGUUCAGACACAAGUUUGCUGAGGCCAGCAGAGGCCAGCGCACGAG